GCAGCCCCUCCCACCCGCUUGCGCAUAUAGGGCACCCCACAACCAGGCACCCCCCACCCGCCGCCUCCAACCGAGCUCUCCCAACGAUUAAGUGCUGGAGCCUGGGCGAUGGAGCCGUCAAACGUCACGUCGCCCCCCACCCUGUCCCUGCCGCCCCCCGGCACCCUGCCGUGGGACGGGCAGCUGCUGGUGGCCUGCGCGGCCGUGGGGCUCCCUGCCAACGCCUUCACCCUCUGGCUGACGGGCUGGCGCCUGCGGUGCCGGGGACUGGCCGCCUUCAUCCUCAGCCUGGCCUCCUCCGACUUCCUCUUCCUCGCCAACUCGGUCCUGCAGAUCUGGUCGGUGGCCCACGGUCACCAGUGGGUGCUGGGCACCCCCUUGUGCCGCCUCCACCAGUUCCUCUACGGUUUGGGCUACUACAGCGGGCUCUUCUUGCUGGCAACCAUCAGCCUGGACCGUUGCCUGCUGGUAGCCGCCCCGCUCUGGUACCGAUGCCGGCGACCGGCCCGUUUACCGGCGGCGUUGUGCGUGGGCGCCUGGCUGGUGGCGGGCUGUUGCAGCGUGCCGGACGCGGCGCUGUCGUCGGCCGAAGAGCUGCUGCCCGGCGUGGCGGUGUGCCGUAGCGAGAGGGGGAGCUGGGAAGUGCCGAUGCGCUGGCUGGAGGUGGUGGUGGAGGGGCUGCUGCCCUUCGGCGUGGUGGUGGCUUGCCACGGGGCCGCCCUGGUGCUGGCCCGGUGCCGGCACGGUCAAGGCGGCCGCCCGCCCACCCGUUUCCAGCGCAUCGUGGUGGCCACGCUGAGCGCCUACGUGGUGCUGCAUCUGCCCUUCCAGGUCACCCAGCUGCUGCAGCUGGUGGCCCCCAGCCCCCCUGGCCACCUGCUCUACCUGCUGGGGCUGGCCUUCAACCUCGGCAGCUGCCUCAACCCCUGCCUGUACCUGCUGCUCGGCUCCCGCGCCUGCCACCGCCUCACACGCCUGCCGCGGGCCGUCCUCGCCUGCGUGUCACCCGCCGCCGUCACCCCCGUGCCACCUGCCGCCACCACCCCCGUGCCACCCGCUGCCACCAUUGCCGUGCCACCCACCACCGUCACCCCCGUGCCACCUGCCGCCACCACCCCCGUGCCACCCGCUGCCACCAUUGCCGUGCCACUCACCACCGUCACCCCCGUGCCACCCACGACCCCCGUGCCACCCAUGACCCCCAUGCCACCUGCUCCCGCAGGGUCCCCACGUGCAGCUCCGUGACCCCUCGUCCCCAUCCCCACCCGUCCCGGCUGUGGGGUGGCACACAGGGCUGGGUGUGCCCCCGUGUCCCCGCUGUGCCCCCGCCUGGGG